AUGGACAGCGACCGCACCGCCACACUGCGAUCCACCCAGGAGACGGACCUCAGUCAACCGUGGUUCAGCGACGGCAACAUCACACUCAUCGCUGGCGAUAGUUCAUUCAGGGUGUACAAAUCCCUCCUUGCCGCUCAGUCGACAUUCUUUCGAGACCUCUUCUCCAGCGCAUCGGACGACGGUCUGCACGACUCUGACGGUCUUCCCGUCCUUCAGCUUCACGACGAUCCCGCGGAACUGUCUUGUUUUCUCCGCGCCAUCUUCGAUUCAAGCUUCUUCAAUGCGCAUCCAUCAGAUCCCAUACCAACCACUACCACUAUCGUCGUCGUCCUGCGUCUCUCGCACAAGUACGACGUCCGCCACCUCCGCCGCCGAGCUCUUCUUCACGCCGAACGCCUCGUCCCGGCGACUUACGCCGCCUUUCGCGCAGGGGGCUUCAUUAACAGGCCUGCUGACACGUUCUACCUCCUCGCCGACGUCGCCAUCGAGGUAGGAGCGGAUUGGCUCCUACCGGCUGCCCUGGAAGCGGGCUCGCGGCACCUGGUGUGGCUGCGCGAACAUCGGCAUACGUUCCAUGAAUACCAAGAGGUACUGGAACGCUGUGUAGCGGGGUUGAGCGCAAUACAACAGGCCGGGCACGACCGCCUCGCCCUCUUUGACGCCGCGGAUGCGGAAUGUGUCUGCCUUUCCAAACGCUGCCGCCGCACAUUCCAGAAAGUCAAGGCUCGCUACGCGUCUUCAUGUAUGCCCGCUACGGGGAUCGCCUGGCAGAAUAUUGAAGCGGAGUUGCGUGCCAGUGUGUGUGCGCAGUGUCGAGAGCUUUGGAGAGAGCGCGAUACGGAAUGGGCGAUCAAUUAUUGGAAUAGUCUUCCUGUCGUAUAUGGGUUGGGAGGAUGGGAUAGGCUGCAGCGGAUACGCGACGAGGAUCUUAAACUGGAUGAGGGCGAAGAGUAG